CUAGUGUUAUUAAGAGGGUUGCCUGGAAGUGGAAAAUCAUAUUUAGCAAAGUAUGUUUACAAUUUGUUAGGUAAUGGUAUAGUACUGUCUACUGAUGAUUAUUUUAUUAAAGAUGGAGUGUACGAAUAUGAUCCUAAUGAACUCUCUACAGCUCAUAUUUGGAACAAACAGAGAGCUAUCAAUGCCAUGGAAGCUAGAAUAAAUCCAGUUAUCAUUGAUAAUACCAAUACUAAAGUCUGGGAAAUGAAACCCUAUGCUAAAUCUGCAAUACAGAAUAAUUAUUGUAUAGUUAUUUUGGAACCAGAUACACAUUGGAAAUUUAAACCUAGAGAACUUCAAGCGAGAAACACACAUGGUGUUAAUAAAGAGAAUAUUAAUAAGAUGAAAGAUAGAUAUGAUUACAAUGUUACAAUAGAACAACUCUUAUAUACAGACAAG